AUGACUGUGGAUACUUAUUCAUUAGACAAACUAAGAAGUACACUUAUUCGCUUAGAAGAUACCAUCAUUUUUGCCCUUAUCGAAAGAGCACAAUUUGCACUAAAUCAAUGUGUUUAUGAAAGAGGAGCACUUGAAUUUAAUGGUGCAACAGGAGAAAAGAGCUUCUUGGAAUACUUCUUUUGGGAAACAGAGAAAGUUCAUGCUAAGGUUCGCAGAUACACAAGUCCAGAUGAAUAUGCAUUCACUUCACCUUUACCUGACCCUAUUCUUCCACCACUUCAAUAUGAUGAAUUUUUGUAUCCAAAUGAUAUUAAUGUCAACAAUCGAAUCAUGGACAUAUAUAUCAAAGAUAUCUUGCCGGUUAUUUGUAAAAAAGGUGAUGAUAUGAAUUAUGGUAGCUCAGCAACAAAAGAUAUUGAAGCAUUACAAGCCUUAAGUAAACGUAUACAUUUUGGUAAAUUCAUUGCAGAGUCCAAGUUUAGAUCAAAUCCAUCCGAAUACAUUAAACUCGCUCUGGCUGAAGAUAGAGAAAAGAUUGAUAAAUUAUUAACGAAUAAGCAAGUAGAAGCAAAGGUAUUGGAGAGAUUACACAGAAAGGCUUUGGUCUAUGGACAAACACUGGAUGAAGAACAAGAAGGAACGAGCAAACAUUUGCGUAUUCCAGUUGAAUUAGUAGUCAAUCUCUAUAAGCAAUGGGUUAUUCCACUAACAAAGCAAGUUGAAGUGGACUAUUUGAUUAUCAGAGGAAAGGCUGCUGCUGCUGCCUGUCAAGUGCCAAAAUAA